CUGCCUCCCCUGCCUAUAUAAUCCCCAAAUCCCCUCCUCCCUUCCCCUGGCCUCCAUCGGUAUAUAAGCCCCAGAUUUCGAAUUCCUCUCUGCGGCUGCGCUUUGCUCCUCCCCUCAAUCCUCCUCUCCGCUCUCGCUCUCAGUCUCAGAUCAGGAGGGAGGGGAUCGAUAUUCGAUCAUCGAUGGCCACCUUCGAGCUGUACCGGAGGUCCACCAUCGGUAUGUGCCUCACCGACACGCUGGACGACAUGGUCUCCAGUGGGGCGCUCAGCCCCGAGCUCGCCAUCCAAGUCCUCGUGCAGUUUGACAAGUCCAUGACUAGCGCUUUGGAGCAUCAGGUGAAGAGCAAGGUUACUGUCAAGGGCCAUCUGCACACCUACAGGUUCUGCGACAAUGUGUGGACUUUCAUCCUAACAGAUGCAAUUUUCAAGAACGAAGAGAUUACAGAGACAAUAAACAAGGUGAAGAUCGUGGCCUGCGAUUCCAAAUUGCUGGAGACUAAAGAAGAGUAAUUUGCGGAAGAGCCCAUCCUGCUUCUCUUGAUGCUGCAGACCUGGCGCACCUGAAAUAUAAUCUUGCAUCUGUUUUCCUGGCUCGUAUCAUGAAUCUGAACAGUUUCCAUGGUAGGAGUACUAGAGUAUCAUGUUCAUAGUUUCUGUCUGCCAUCCGCAUCACUCAUGGAUCGAUUUCUCUCUUCUCUGUUGAGUGAUGGACCGAUUUCUCUCCUCUGUUGAUAAUGAAGAGUGUGAUGUGUGACAUGAGUGUGCUCUGUACCUAAUCAUGCUCUCGCCGAAGGCAGACCUAACAUUUGAAUUCUAAAUCUUUGAACAGGAUGUUCAGAUUACCUUGUUCA